GUUUUUAAUAAACACUACAACACUGUUGAGCGCAAAGACGAAAAUCGGAUAUUUGUUAAAGUCAAAAUUUAAUUUAAAAAUAAUAUUUUUUCAAUUUAUACUACCCGUUGGAGAUUGAUAUACACAUACAUAUAUUUCUGAACGUUUUUUACAACCCAGCAAUAUGAAGUGCUCACAUCCUCAGACUUACGACUGCCCGACGUGCGAGGAAGAUUCAUCGGCAAAUUCCAAUUACAACAUACAUUUACUCUCACUGGAUGAGAUUGUGCAAAUCAUGCAGAAAGUUGUGAAUGAAGUCGUCCACACUGCCAUACAAUGGAUAUUGAAUGAUGUCACCGGUGAAUAUUUCUAUCCGGAUCCGAAAAUUUUCCCCGACAUCAAAGAUGAUUUCCCCGACUAUCUUAGCUUUGAUGCUGGGUAUAAGGAGAAAUGUAUUGAAUGGGUGAAUAUACAGGAUUUUUCGGUGAACGAAAUAUUUCAGCAAGUACGCGAUUAUAUACAUUUGUGGAAUUUAUCGGCCUGCACGAAAUUUACGCUUGCCGUCAAUGAUAAAGCCACUAUUAUACCACGUAAAGGUUCAAGAUAUUAUCUGGAUGCGACUUUUUCGAAGCCGACACCGGCUUGCCCAAAUCCAUUGGCUGUUGCUAAUGUACAUUUCACCGCUGUUGUACCGGCAUACCUACCCAAACACUAUCCCGUCAUGGUAAUGUAUCGUUUCGAGGGUUAUAGUAGGCAGUACCACACACACGGGCGUCAUGAGGUGCGCAGUAAGGAUUUUCAAAGAUUUUUCAUCGAUUCGAUAUUACAAAGAAAAUUGUCAUUCUAUUCGAAAAUCUUUGAAUGCCGUCAUCCACAUGUGAAAUUGCGAAAACAUCCUUUUAUGGUUGAAGAACCGGAGGAAGAAGCGGAGACGCAAGGCGCUGACAGUGAUAAAUCGGAUGAUUUCUUUGAAGACGUAUCGCGUAAGGAGCAACAUGAUGUGUUAAGUUUGAUUAGCACGCUUUUGAAAAAAUAAGCGAUGCAUGUUAGAAAACCAAAAUUUAGACAAUAAAACUCUUUUUUUAAUUUUAACUCACAAA